GGAAAUCCGACCGUCAGUGUAAUCUCUGACGCAAAAUCUAGCCGUUCGUUAAGACGAAUAAGAGCACCACCCCAACCUCCCUUUUCUCACUUGAUUCAUUCACUACUUUCGGCGGGAUCCAAGUCCUAGCUCUGCUGCGGAGGUUUGCUAGUAGAAGCCCCCAGAGAAUCAUUUGAGUGGGGCGUGUGUUUUUCCACAAUCAUUUUCAACAUUUGCUCCAAUGGCGGUUGAGAAACUUUUUAAAGAUGAGGCUACUGAAGAAAAGGGUGAGCGUGCCAGAAUGGCCUCCUUUAUUGGAGCAAUGGCAAUUGCUGACCUGGUUAAGACGACAUUGGGCCCUAAGGGAAUGGAUAAAAUCUUGCAAUCUACCGGAAGAGGACACAGUGUUACAGUUACAAAUGAUGGAGCAACCAUAUUAAAGUCGCUGCACAUUGACAAUGCUGCUGCUAAAGUCCUUGUUGACAUCUCCAAAGUUCAAGAUGAUGAAGUUGGUGAUGGAACAACUUCAGUGGUUGUCUUAGCUGGGGAGCUUUUGAGGGAGGCAGAGAAGCUAGUGAAUGCAAAAAUUCAUCCAAUGACUAUAAUUGCAGGUUACCGCAUGGCAGUUGAAUGUGCAAGGAAUGCGUUGCUGGAGAAGGUGGUGGAUAAUAAACCAGAUGAAGAUCUUGUAUAUCUUUUGUUUCCAGAGAAAUUCAAAGCAGACUUGAUGAAAAUUGCAAUGACUACCUUGAGCUCAAAAAUUCUCUCUCAGGACAAAGAACAUUUUGCAAAACUAGCUGUUGAUGCAGUCAUGAGAUUAAAGGGAAGUACAAAUUUGGAAUCCAUUCAAAUCAUUAAGAAGCCUGGCGGUUCACUGAAAGAUUCAUUUUUGGACGAGGGUUUCAUUUUGGACAAAAAAAUGGGUGUUGGACAACCAAAACGAAUCGAAAACGCCAAGAUUUUGGUGGCGAAUACUGCCAUGGACACGGACAAAGUGAAAAUUUACGGGGCGCGUGUUCGGGUCGAUUCCAUGGCCAAGGUCGCUGAGAUUGAAGUAGCCGAGAAGGAGAAGAUGAGAGAGAAGGUGCAGAAGAUCAUCAAUCACGGCAUAAACUGCUUUGUCAACCGACAGCUGAUUUACAAUUUCCCUGAAGAGCUGUUUGCCGAUGCUGGUGUGCUCGCAAUCGAGCACGCAGAUUUCGACGGAAUCGAGCGGCUGGCUCUCGUCACUGGGGGCGAGAUAGCAUCUACUUUCGACAAUCCCGAGUCUGUUAAGCUCGGGCACUGCAAACUCAUUGAGGAAAUCAUGAUUGGCGAGGACAAGUUGAUCCACUUCUCUGGAGUAGAAAUGGGUCAGGCAUGCACUAUUGUUCUGAGAGGCGCAAGCCCUCACAUGCUGGACGAAGCCGAGAGAUCUCUUCACGAUGCGCUGUGUGUGCUGUCACAGACAGUGAAUGACAGCAGGGUCUUGUUCGGUGGGGGGUGGCCGGAGAUGGUGAUGGCGAAGGCAGUGGAUGAGCUGGCGAGGAUGACUCCAGGGAAAAAAUCCCACGCAAUCGAGGCAUUUUCUCGUGCGCUUGUGGCCAUCCCGACAACCAUUGCCGACAAUGCUGGUCUGGACAGUGCCGAAUUAGUCGCUCAGCUUCGGGCAGAGCACCACAAUGAGGGUAGCACUGCUGGAAUUGAUGUCAUCUCCGGAAAUGUUGGAGAUAUGGCAGAGCUCGGGAUAUCAGAGGCUUUCAAGGUGAAGCAGGCUGUAUUGCUGUCAGCAACCGAAGCUGCUGAGAUGAUCUUAAGGGUAGACGAGAUAAUCACUUGUGCCCCACGAAGGAGGGAAGAUCAUAUGUGAAAAAAAAAAAAAAAAAAUGCACUUCAGAGAUGAUCUGAUUUUUAAUCCUUUUGUGUGAACUUUUCAAGAAAAUACCAGUUUGUGUUGGGACGUCAGCAGUAAUGUAAGGAAGGUAGACGAGAUCUGUUUGAUUAUUUUCUGUAGACCAGAAUUAUAUUUGGCAUUGCAGGUGCGCUUGGUUUUUGCACGUAAUUUUGAGGCGAGAACUAGGACAAUAUAGAUUGUAUGCUUCGUGUUUUGGAAAUUUCAAUUCUAUCUUUUCUGUUUUAGAGGAACCUUUAUUUUUAACAAUUGACGGCAGCUAGUACUAGGGAAUGUUGCAAAAACUACUCCGUUAAUUUUACUCUCCUGCCCUUGUCUC